CACAGUCACAUGCAAAAACAGACUAUAUAUUAGACCUUCACAAUUCACACACCCCAAAAUGGAUCAAACACUCCAUUUAGCACUUCUACCAAGCCCAGGGAUGGGCCACCUACUCCCACUGGUGGAAUUCGCCAAGCAACUUGUCCACCACCACCACAUCUCCUCCACCCUCAUCAUCCCCACCACCGGACCGCCGCCACAAACCCAAGUCUCCGUCCUCGAAUCACUCCCCGAAAACAUCAACCACAUCUUCCUUCCACACGUCCACUUACCCGAAAACCUCCCAACUGCCUUGUCACAACUUUUAGCCACCAUGUCCCUCUCUAUCCCCUCCCUCCGCGACACUUUAAAAUCGCUAAACUCCACGAAUCGGCUGGUGGCCCUUGUGGUCGAUCCGUUCGGACAUGACGCCUUUGAUGUGGCCAAGGAAAUUGGUGUUCGUCCGUACUUAUUUUUCCCUACCACGGCCAUGGUACUUUUAUUUUGCAUGCAUUUACCAAAGCUUGACAAAAUGCUUACGUGCGAGUAUAGAGACUUGCCUGAACCGUUGAAAUUACCCGGUUGUGUACCGGUUCACGGAAGGGAUCUCUUUGACGCGGUUCAAGACCGGUCUCACGUUGAGUACAGAAAGCUACUUGAAAACGUGUCGUGGCUCACUUCAUUCGAGGGCAUAAUUAUCAAUAGCUUCUUGGACUUGGAAGAAGGAGCCAUAAAAGCUUUACAAGUGGAAGAACCGGGUAAGCCGCCAGUUUACCCAAUUGGACCACUUAUACAAACAGGUUCGAGUGACGGGUCAGAUCAGCCCGAGUGUUUGAAAUGGUUGGAUGAUCAGCCCAGUCGGUCUGUUCUAUUUGUCUCGUUUGGAAGUGGUGGAACCCUCUCUCAUGAUCAAAUCAAUGAGCUAGCCUUAGGGUUGGAAAUGAGUGGGCAAAAGUUUUUGUGGGUUGCGAGAAGCCCAAGUGACAAGUCCGACGCAGCCAUUUUCGAUGCCCAAAGCCAAACAGACCCUUUGGGUUUCUUGCCAAAAGAGUUCUUGGAGAGGACGGAAGGGCAAGGCUUAGUGGUGCCAUCAUGGGCCCCGCAAAUUGAGGUGCUCCGUCACGGCUCCACCGGUGGAUUUUUAACUCAUUGCGGUUGGAAUUCAACACUGGAGAGUGUUGUUUAUGGCGUGCCUUUGAUUGCCUGGCCGCUCUUCGCGGAACAGAAGAUGAAUGCUGUGAUGUUAAAUGAGGAUUUACAUGUGGCACUCAGACCUAAGGCGAAUGAAAUUGGAAAAGUGGAAAGAGAAGAGAUUGCAAGAGUUGUGAAAGAACUCAUGGAAGGAGAAGAAGGGAAAAAGGUUUGUAAUAAAAUGAAGGGCUUACAGGAUGCUGCUGAAAAUGUGCUAAAUAAAGGUGGAUCUUCUACAAACUCAUUGUCUGAAUUAGCAUUCAGAUGGAAAAACUAGAAGAAUAAUUAGUAUUAUAUAUAUCUAAAUAAAGGUGGAUCCCUAGCACUUUGACUGUUUUCGGAAAUUCCUAAAUAAAUUCAAGAUUCAAAAAUCGUCUCGGGCGAUGUUUGUAUCUAAAUGUUGUAGACUAUUCUCAGUUCAUUUCAUGUAAUUUAGUGAUUUCUUUGUAUUCUUGUUUUAAGAUUAUUUAUGUUCAGUCAUUUUGUGAUUUCCUUUU